AUGCAGAACGGUUGGGUCCGAUGCUGUGGUUGGGAUGGGAGGGGCUGCAGGGAAGGAGAGGGCAGCGAAGGAAGGGCUGAUCCUGGCACUUGGGGGCGGAAGCGGAAGGGUGCACCGAAGUUGGCAUGGGGGAAGGGGAAGAAGCGGAGGAGCGUGAGUGAGAAGCGCCGGAGCAGAGGAGGUAGCAGCGAUGGGUCAGAUGCUGGGGAGGAGGAUGAGGACGCUGGUAGCGAGGAAGAUCAGGAGAUGGAAGAGGAGGAUGGAAAGCAGGUGGCGGAGCACAAAGAAAGGGAUGAGGGCAACGAGGACGAUGGGGAGAUGGAUGGGGAAGAUGGGACGCAAGAGGAAGGCGAUGACGACAAGGAGGGGGACGAGGAGCACAGGGAGGGGGAUGAGGACGACGAGAAGGCGGUGGCCCGAGUGAAGCACAUGCUAAAGCUGUACAGCCUGUUCAACCGGCGGGCCAUCAAGGUGCGGUGCACGGGGCAUGAGGACGGAGGACGAGCGUGUGACCAAGGAGCGCAAGCGGCUGGGGUUGAUGGGCCCAACGACGAGCCGAUACCCAAGAGCAAGCUCAAGGGGAAGGCCAAGGACAUGCGGGUUCCCAGCAAGCGCCCCGACCUUGUUGCCCUCAAAGUGAUGCUGGAAAAGGGGUUGCUGCAGAAGACGAGAAUUGUUGGGCCCGUUCCAGGUGUGCGUGUGGGCGAUCGCUUCUUUGCUCGAGCCGAAAUGGUUGCGGUGGGCUUGCACAGACAUUGGCUCAACGGCAUUGACAUCAUUCCUCAAGCCGAGAGCCCGUAUGACAAGUCCAUCGCGGUGGCUGUGGUGGUCUCUGGAGGAUACGAGGACGACGAGGACGAGGCGAGCCGCAUUUGGUACACUGGGCAAGGUGGCAACGACCUUCUGGGCACACGGAAGCAAGUGGCCAACCAAGUUCUGCGAGCUGGAAACCUGGCUCUCAUGAAUAGCAUUAAGGUGAAGAACGAUGUGCGAGUCAUUCGAGGGCACAAAUGCAAGAAGUCUGACACUGGACGGGCUUUCACAUACGAUGGGCUUUACAAGGUAAAGCAACAUCAGUAUGUGCGUGGCGAGCAAGGCUUCUUUGUCUACAAGUUCCUUCUCGUUCGCAACCCCGGCCAGCCGCCUCUCACGACUGACCAGGUUCGCUUCAUGCACGGUCAGAUCCCAACGAGCGUGAGGAGAGCGUCAGAUGUUGUGUGCGCAGACCUCUCAAAUGGCAGGGAGAGGUUUCCUGUCCCCGUCACCAACUGCAUUGACACACCACCCACCAUGCCCCCCG